AUGUCCGUAUCCUCUCCCGACAACGGCUCAUUCCAGACACCAUUCUCCAACAUCGAUAUUGUCGGUCCAUCACCUGUGACCUCAACCGGAACAGAGACGACAGAGAUUGAAGACGAGGAGGCGGAUGAAGCUCGAGCCCGCCCUACAUCAGCAAAUCCAUUCCCUCACCCUCAGCUCAUGAUGCUUACUACCAACAUUCCCGAACACGUGCGUCAAAGUGGCAGCGAAGAAGCCGUCUCGGUCAUCCACGCUCCAGAAAGCUUCCACAGCUGGGUUUCCAACGACCCAACUGUGAAACCAGACCAAGCCAGCGAUCAAUCAUCUCCGAAGUCCGAAGCAAAGUCAUCACCCAAAUCUGCGAAGUCCGCGGCAUCUGAACCCAAAUCUUCACCCAAGACCGAUACCAUCAGCCUCCCACCAGUGACAGAGCAUGCGGCCAAGUCGAGGUCCCCAGGACUACCUACUCCGCCACCUCUCUCCACAGACGUGAGACCUGUUCGUUACAGCGUGGACAGUGCCACUCCACGCGCACAAGAUUUACAAGAUAUGCUCAGCGAGUCUUCCAGACUUCGCUCCAGCAGUACUAGCAGUCUCGAAAAAAUCGACGAAAGGAGAGGAGAGGAAACUGAUGCCGAAGCAUACGAUGACGACUAUGCCACUCCUUCCCUACCGCUUGAGGAUCCUGAGGUGAGAGCGCUGCGAAGCGCCCUUCAGGAGUGUUGGACUCUGUGUAAUACCUUGGCCAACUUGAGCUCGAUACACCGAAUGAGGGUCUUCAACAGCUCAGGCACCCCUGACGCACACGAAAAAGCAUGGAUGGCCUGCUGGAAGCUCUGUCAACGACUGUACGACAACCAAGACGAAGACUUGUACGGACAUAAUGUGCGAGAGAACCUUGACUUGUGUCGCGAUUUCUGCCAAUCACUUUUCGACGUGCGCCAGAAGAAAGAUGAAGUUGCCGACUCCAUUCUGCGCGUCAGCUUUGAGCUGAACAACCAUCUUUAUAGCGCGCAGGAUAUCCGCAAUCUUCCGGAACAAUUUCGAGAGCGGACGUUGGACUUUUACAUCACUCUUUGUCAUCGAUUAAUGAAACAGCGCAGUGAAUUGGCUGAAGAGACCGACUCUUUGUUGAAGGCGUGCUGGUCGCUCGCAGAGAUGCUGUUCAGUUUGAGGCAAAACAAGCGAGAUGGCAGGGCUCCUGAUGAAGAGCUCCUAGGCUCAGCAGUCCAGGCUUGCUGGGAGUUGUGCGAUCUCUUCAGAGAUGGGUGGACUCAAGUCCGACCAGACCGGAACACGCCACGACCAAGUCAUACGAGUUUCUUUAACAACCAGCAAAACUUCGACCAGCCCUCAGGUCGCGAGAGCAGGGCGUCCAAUCGCUCAUCUUACUCUAAGCGGGAGAGCCAUAAGAGCGUCACUGACGAGCGCCCACGGAAGCCUCCCCCAGUCCCCGAGACCCCAGUGACGGAAUUCGAGGACACUCCCAUCUCCCCAGAAAGCCAGUCACCUCGGGUUCCCAACAUCCUCGUCCUAGGCACCACAUCCGACAGCGGUCGCGGAGGCCGAUGGUCAAGCACCGCCUCCCAGCUGUCCAGCUACUCGCAAAGCAGCAACAAGACAUCAAGCACAGCGACGACCACGACCGCAGGCGACGAAAGCAACACCAGCCGCAUCAAAGCUCUCGUCAUCAAGGCAGCCAUGAACGUCGGAUAUACAAGAGACCCCGCCCUCGACAGCAAAGCCGAAAAGGCCGCCCUGCAGGCCUUUGUGAAGCAGAUGCCCCCGGGAUCUUUCGGAUCUCUCCCGACCCAUGCGACCCUGCUGCAGAAUUACAAGAACCUCGUGCAGGCCGACGCGUCGUUCCGCGGGUCGUCUCUGCUUCCGGCGCGGGGAAAGCGGAUAGCGGCGAACGACAUGGCCAAGAGCGUCACUUACAUGGCCGGUCGCGCCAGCCAAUACGUCUUCUUGCGAGACCUCUAUAGGCUCGUGUUCAGUUUCCCCACGGAGGAAGGAGAAUCGAGGAAAACAAUAAGCAUCGCUAUCUGA